CAACGGAGCGCCCAGACGGCAGUGCUGCUCGAAUAACCGACGAGGUUAGACGUGUUACGCGUUAACCCCGACCCGACUCGCGUGUGUACGAUCAGUGAAUGUUUAAAAAAAAAAAGUUUCUAAACCACAUUCUUUUAUUUUACGUAUAGUGAAGUUUAUAAAUUAUGUGUGCUCAGUGAUGUGAUUUCGUUUUGUUUUGGGAAUUUCUCGGAGACGAAGGUCACAUCGGCAGUCCUCAUCUCUCCCUCCACGGUGCGUCGUCAAGUGUGUACAGGGCGACCAGGUCUUCUCCUGCCAAGCGGUUGCAACUCCAACGCAAUCGAUGCUGCGUUGACCCCACUGCGCUGUAGAGCGUGUCCUAUCCUCUCCGAUCUCCUCCAGACGAUUAUUAAGCAAAAAUAAACACAGCCUGAGAGUGAAAAGGGGACUGAGUGAUGAAAUGUGACGGAGUGGUCGGACUGACAUCCCACAUAUAUCUUUGUGUGGUAUACGAAGCAGGGCGUGAUUUUAGUAGAGCGCUGAGAAGAUGUGGUCGAAUAGAAAAUGCGAAACCGGUACAGCUGGUACUCCUACAGCAGAAGAAGAGAUCAAAGUAGUCCUUGUAGGAGAUACUCAGUGUGGGAAGACGUCGCUGGUCCAAAGAUUUGUGUCCGAUACAUUUAUUGAGGCCUACACUCCGACCGGCUUCGAGAAGUACAGCUACACAUGCUCAGUGGCCGAUUACAAAGUAAACUUUUCAAUCUGGGAUACGUCCGGAACGACGUCCUACGACACGGUCAGACCUUUAGCGUACCAAGACGCGAAGCUGUUUAUGCUGUGCUUCAACGUAGCCGAACCUGAGACCUUACACAACGCCGCAGCCAAAUGGUACAAGGAGGUGAGGACCCACGGUGGCUCAGCGCCUGUGGUUCUGUGCGGAUGCAAAGCGGACCUGAGACACGACAAGGAAACGCUCACAGUUCUGUCCAAACUAAAAACACAUCCAGUCACCAGUGAAGAGGCUCUAUCGGUAGCAAGACAGAUUGGGGCGACAACGUACGUGGAAACAUCCGCCAGGGCUUCCGCUAAAGGGGUCAAAGACGCCUUCGAAGUAGCGGCCCUAGCAGCCCUCGGCAAACUCAACAAACAACAAAUGAAGCAACAGCAGAAGCAAGUGGGCCGCAGCAAAAGCAAACGUGACCUCAAAGCCGAGCUCAAGGGCAGAGCGAAGAGCUGUUGUGUGAUGUGAUCUGCCGCCGGCCACCCCUCCCGGUGGCCGCACGACUGCUAGACCACAACCCCCAGCAUCUGCCGCGCAAACUGCGCCAUCUUAACUCAAGCUGGGGUACAAUUCGACGUCGAAGAUCUAUAAAGUCGAAACCCGUCGCAAUAACCAACAGUCUUGUUUAAGUGAAAACAAGAACUGGUCUUCCAAGAUACCUUCGAACGGUCACAGAAAAAAUGACUUUACCCAUCAUUGCCCGACAAUGGUUCGGUGUUAAAAUGUGUUGCCGACUCUAUAUUAUGGAAGCAAAAGAACUGUUGUAUUUUAACUAAACAAAUAUAUUUAUAGUGUAUUAAUUAAAAGUAUGUAAAGUGAUAAAAUAAAGAAAUAUUUACGUAAAA